CAAUUUUCGCGGUUUUCCUUCGACUGUCACAGCUGGUGGUGUGGUUGGUUGUUUACGAGUAUAAAUAAUGCGAUUUUUAUCGAAAAAUCAAAAUAAAAUUGUGUAAAUAAUCACAGAAGAUGACUUGGAACAAAUUAAUCUGUAACAUUCGGGAGUUACAGUUGGUGGGAACAUUAUCAGGAGGACAAAGUUUCAGAUGGACUCACAAUAAAGAAAAUGAUGAAUGGAUAGGCGUUUACUCAAAAACAGUAUGGAAACUGCGGGAAAAUGAUGAUGGUCUACAAUAUCAAGUCAUAGGCUCUUUGCUCAAUAACUCAAAAAGUCAAUCAAAGAGUAAAAAUAAAAAAGUUAAUGUGGAUUUUAAAAAGUUACUUGAAGAUUAUUUCAGGCUAGACACAAAUUUAGGGAUUUAUUAUAAGGAGUGGUCUGCAAAAGAUGAGUUGUUUGAAAAGGCUUGUCAACAGUUCUAUGGUAUUAGAAUGUUGAGGCAAGAGCCUGUGGAGAAUUUAUUCUCUUUUAUUUGUAGUCAGAAUAAUCACAUAUCCAGGAUAUCUACAAUGGUAGAAAAACUAUGCACACACUAUGGAGAGAAAAUAUGUGAAUAUGAAGGGGAGACAUACUAUGCUUUCCCAGAGGUUGAUAAACUAGCUCAUAAUGGGGUGGAAUCAGAACUCAGAAACCUAGGCUUUGGAUACCGAGCUAAGUUUAUACAUAAGUCUGCGUCUCAGAUAGUUGAGUGGGGUGGUGUGGAUUGGUUCAACAGUCUCCAAGAUAUGAAGUACAAAGACGCUAAGGUGGAGCUCAUGAAAUUAUAUGGUAUUGGACCUAAGGUUGCGGACUGCAUAUGCUUAAUGUCGCUAAACCACCUGGAAGCGUUACCAGUAGACACUCAUGUGUACCAGAUAGCCGCACAGAAUUACCUCCCACAUUUGAGAGGCAAGAAGAAUGUCACCGACAAGAUGUACACAGAGAUUGGAGACCAUUUCAGGAGUUUAUAUGGAGAUAUGGCGGGGUGGGCUCAUACUGUCCUAUUUUGUGCAGACCUUAAGAAAUUCCAACAGAGUGAUACAGAUACCAACGACACUGGCAAACCGAAGAAAAAGCGGAAAAAACUGUGAUAACUAUCGAUUAUGAAAUAAAACAAUACAAUACU